CAGGAAGUCGGCCGGAGCGGGCGGCAGGCGCCAGGGAGCCGGCAGCAGCGUGGGCCCCCGGCCUGCGACCCCCGGGCCCGCCAUGGUGCCCUGCUGGAACCACGGCAACAUCACGCGGGCCAAGGCCGAGGAGCUGCUCUCGCGCACGGGCAAGGACGGCAGCUUCCUGGUGCGCGCCAGCGAGUCCAUCUCCCGGGCCUACGCGCUCUGCGUGCUGUUCCGGAACUGCGUCUACACCUACAGAAUCUUGCCCAAUGAGGAGGGUAAAUUCACCGUCCAGGCGUCCGAGGGUGUCCCCAUGAGGCUCUUCACCAAGCUGGACCAGCUCAUCGAGUUCUACCGGAAGGAGAACAUGGGCCUGGUGACGCACCUGCAGUACCCGGUGCCGCAGGAGGAGGAGGAAGGCGGCGAAGAGCCGGAGGAGGAGCCAGAGGGUGUCCUGUGCCCGCCCGAGCUGCCGCCCAGAAACAUCCCCCCGGCCGCGGGGCCGCUGGAGGCCAAGGAGCCGCCGGUGGCCGUGGAGAACGUGCGCGCCGCCGAGGGCGGGCGGCCCAGCCUGUCGGAGACGCUGCUGCAGCGCCUGCAGACCACGGACACCAGCGGGCUCUCGGAGGAGCAGCUGAGGGCCAUCCAGGACUACCUGAGCGCGCAGCUGGCCCUGGACGCGGACUCCGUGCAGAGCGGCGCGGGCGGCGCCCCCCAGCUGCAGAAGCUCCUGCUGCGCCUCUGCAGGGAGCUCCACGGCGAGGUGGUCAGGACCCUCCCCGCCCUGGAGUCCCUGCAGAGGCUGUUCGACCAGCAGCUGUCCCCGGGCCUCCGGCCUCGGCCCCAGGCGUCCGGGGAAGCCAGUGCGGCCACCAUGGUGGCCAGGCUCAGCCAGCUGACCAGCCUGCUGUCCUCCAUUGAAGACAAGUUCAAGGCCCUGCUGCAUGAGAGCCCCGAGGGACCCCACCGGCACUCGCUCAUCCCCCCGGUCACCUUCGAGGUGAAGUCGGAGUCCCUAGGGAUCCCCCAGAAACUGCAUCUCAAGGUCGAUGUGGAGUCGGGGAAGCUGAUCAUCAAGAAGUCCAAGGAUGGCUCCGAGGACAAGUUCUACGGCCACAAGAAAAUCUUGCAGCUCAUCAAGUCCCAGAAAUUCCCCAACAAGCUGGUGAUCCUGGUGGAGACGGAGAAGGAGAAGACGCUGAGGAAGGAGUACGUCUUUGCCGACUCCAAAAAGCGCGAAGGCUUCUGCCAGCUCCUGCAGCAGAUGAAGAACAAGCACUCGGAGCAGCCCGAGCCCGACAUGAUCACCAUCUUCAUCGGCACCUGGAACAUGGGUAACGCGCCUCCCCCCAAGAGGAUCACGUCCUGGUUUCUCUCCAAGGGGCAGGGCAAGACCCGGGACGACUCUGCCGACUACAUCCCGCACGACAUCUACGUGGUGGGCACGCAGGAGGACCCCCUGGGGGAGAAGGAGUGGCUGGAGACCCUCCGACACUCCCUGCGGGAGGUCACCAGCAUGACCUUCAAGACGAUCGCCGUCCACACCCUCUGGAACAUCCGUAUCGUGGUGCUGGCCAAGCCUGAGCACGAGAACCGGAUCAGCCACGUGUGCACGGACACCGUGAAGACCGGCAUCGCCAACACCCUGGGAAACAAGGGGGCCGUGGGGGUGUCCUUCAUGUUCAACGGGACCUCCCUGGGCUUCGUGAACAGCCACUUGACGUCGGGCAGCGAGAAGAAGCUCAGGCGGAACCAGAACUACAUGAACAUCCUGCGCUUCCUGACGCUGGGCGACAAGAAGCUGACCCCCUUCAACAUCACCCACCGCUUCACGCACCUCUUCUGGCUCGGCGACCUCAACUACCGCGUGGACCUGCCCACCUGGGAGGCCGAGACCAUCGUCCAGAAGAUCCGGCAGCUGCAGUUCUCGGACCUGCUGGCCCACGACCAGCUGCUGCAGGAGCGGCGGGAGCAGAAGGUCUUCCUGCACUUCGAGGAGGAGGAGAUCACCUUCGCGCCCACCUACCGCUUCGAGCGGCUGACCCGGGACAAGUACGCCUACACGAAGCAGAAAGCCACCGGGAUGAAGUACAACCUGCCCUCGUGGUGUGACCGUGUCCUCUGGAAGUCUUACCCGCAGGUGCACGUGCUGUGCCAGUCCUACGGCUGCACCAGCGACAUCAUGACCAGCGACCACAGCCCCGUGUUUGCCACCUUCGAGGCCGGGGUCACCUCCCAGUUUGUCUCCAAGAACGACCCCGGGACGGCCGACAGCCAGGGCCAGAUCGAGUUCCUCAGGUGCUUCGCCACCCUGAAGACCAAGUCCCAGACCAAGUUCUACCUGGAGUUCCACUCGAGCUGCCUGGAGAGCUUUGUCAAGAGCCAGGAAGGAGAGAACGAGGAGGGCAGCGAGGGCGAGCUGGUGGUGCGCUUCGGCGAGACGCUGCCCAAGCUGACGCCCAUCAUCUCCGAUCCCGAGUACCUGCUGGACCAGCACAUCCUCAUCAGCAUCAAGUCCUCUGACAGCGACGAGUCCUACGGUGAGGGCUGCAUCGCGCUGCGGCUGGAGGCCACGGAGAUCCCGCUGCCCAUCCACACGCCGCUCACGCACCACGGCGAGAUGACGGGCCACUUCCGCGGCGAGAUCAAGCUGCAGACGUCCCAGGGCAAGAAGCGGGAGAAGCUCUACGACUUCGUGAAGACGGAGCGGGACGAGGCCGUCGGGUCCAAGGCCCUGCGGAGCUUCAGCAGCCACGACCCCGUGAAGCAGUGGGACCCUGCCGGCAGGGCCCCCCCGGGCGGGGCUGCCCCCCUCGCUGAGAUCCUCAACCCCAGCUACAUGGGGGUGGCGCCCCUCGGGCACCUGAAGCCGGCCCUGUCCCCCGACCACCAGCCCACGGCCUGGAGCUACGAGCCGCAGCUCAGGGACCCCCCGCUGGGGCCUGCACAUGGGGACAGCCCCCCCACCCCGCCCUGCCAGCCCCCCGUGUCCCCCAAGAAGCUCCCCGCCACAGCCCGGGGGCCCGGCUCCAGGACGCAGGAGGGCAGGCCCAGCAGCGCGGGGAAGGGUGCGGGGGACCCCCCGCCCGCCGAGGACCCCCCGGCCACGCCCGAGAUGUUCGAGAACCCGCUGUACGGGUCGGUGAGCGCGCCGCCGAAGCCGGCCCCCCGGAAGGAGCAGGAGUCCCCCCGAGCCGCGCGCAAGGAGCCGGCGCCCGGCCCGGACCCCGGCGGGCCGCUGGCCAAGGCCCCGGACCCCGACGCCGCCAGGGCGCCCUUCGCCGCCAGCCCCGCGCCCCGGCUGCGCUCCUUCACCUGCUCGGGCGGCCCCGCGGGCGGCGACAGGGGCCCCGGCAAGCCCAAGGGCCCCGCGGGCACCGCGGCGCCCGUGCCCGCCAAGAGGCCCGUCAAGCCGUCCCGCUCGGACCUGAGCCAGCCCGCGCCCCCCGGCCCCGGCCCGCGGCCCCCGCUGCCCGCCAAGAGCCCCGCGGUCCUGCACCUGCAGCACGGGCACGGCCGCGACUACCGCGACAACGCCGAGCUCCCGCACCGCGCCAAGCACCGGCCCGACGAGCCGCUCGGCCGCGCCCUGCCGUGAGAGCCCAGACCGACCAGCAGACAGGAGCCCCGGACAUCCUCCCACCGGCCCCUGGGACCCUCCACCGGGUCCCGCACACCACUUCCCUGGGCGGCCAGCCCGGAGAGACACGCAGCGGCCCCCGCUGGCCUUGGUACUUGGCCUGUGUCUCCUCACUCCAGCUGCCGCGUGGCAGGACUGCAGUGCCCCUCCGCGGGCAGGGACCUUGGUGGUGGUGAUGAUGAUAAUAAUAAUAGUAAUAAUAAUAAUAAUAAUAAUAAUAAUAAUGACAGCCCCGGGCACUCCCCGGUCUGGGGCCGUUCCCGUUGCUCCCACAAACACGCAAUAGCUGACUUAGUCAGGUCGACUACACCUUCCCCGCCGCCCCGCCGCCCCAGGAUAAGCAGGGCCCAGGCUGCUUGGAGCAAAGCAUUAAUGAGGCCCAGGCCCCGGCUGGGCUCUCGGUGGCGACUCAGUGAGCCUGGCCGGGGCACGGCGGGUACAAGGCCGGGGAAGGAGGAAGGUCACUCCGGCCAGCAGGGACGGGCCCGCGCCAGCCCCGGCAGGCCCCCCCUGCUGUUUCCUUGGCCUUGUCCCACCUUAGCCAAAUCGGCCGCAGCCUCCGUCUCGGCUGUUUACUCCGCACACGGCGUCACCACUACAGCGGCAGCCUCCGGCGAGCACAGGAGCAGGAGCAAUCCGCAGCGCCCCUUCGCCAGCCAGCUGGAUGUCGUGCGGCGUCUGGCCGGAGCUUUCAGCGAGCCCUUCCUGGCCGCCGGCCCGCAGCCUCCCCUCCCCACUCGGAGCUUGCCGGAACCCAGAACUCAUCUCCGGGACAGAAGCUUCUCCCGCGGCCCGAGCGGGCCCCUUUCUAGGGACAGAGGAAGAGAGGGGGUCUGCUGUCUCGGGGGAGAAGCCACAACCGCCCCAGGGCGAGUGAAAGGGGGUACAGGACUGGUCCCGGGAGGAGCGGUGGGCGGGAAAUAAGUCCAUUUGACAGUAGCAUGUACAGAAAACUGAGGUUCUGUUUUGAGACUUCAUAAGUUUGGUGCAUUUAUUUUCAGUUGAAUCACAGUGAGAUAUACAGUUGCAGAGUUCUUCAUGAUGGGGUUCAGUCACGUGUGCAACACCCAACCCUUCACCAGUGUACAUCUCCCGCCACCCAUGUCCCCAGCUUCCCUCCUGCCACCUUCCUCUAUGGCAGACUCUUCUCUGUCUGUCUCCCUCCCUCUCUCUCUCUCUCCCCUGCUCCUUCCCUCCUUGGGCUUAUGGUUUGCGACACAGAUACUGAAAGGUUAUCAGGUCUAUCCCUUUACUUACUUUUAACACUCAGUUCCUGCCCCCAGUGAUCAUUUCCAACUGCUGUUGUCAUACUGGCCCCUUCUCUAUCCUAACUGCCCUUUGCGCCCACACACUCUUGCGACAAGCUUCCAACCAUUGGCCAGUUCUCCUGGCCUUUGAUAUUAGCCUCGUGCUAUUUUUUUUUUAAUAUCCCACAAAUGAAUGCAGUCAUUCUAUAUCUGUCUCCUUCCGACUCAUUUCACUCAGCAUGGUACUCCACACGCAUCCAUUUAGAAGCAUGUAUCGUGACUUGUUUUUCUUAACGGCUGCGUAGUAUUCCAUCGUAUAGACGUACCAUGUUUUCUUUAUCCGGUAGAGUGUUCUGGGGCACUCGGGUCGUUUCCGGAUUCUGGCUAUUGUGAAUAGUGCUGCAGCAGUCAUAGAUGUUCAGAGGGUGUUUGUACUAGGUGUUUUCUGAGGCAUAUUCUCUAGGUGCAUUUUUCAGAUGUUUUAGCUGGUCACAUUUGUUUGUAUCUUGGGACAGUCACACAUAAAGCUGUGUCGCUGUGGUUUGAAACAGAUCAUCACCUUCAAGCAAAACCGAAUUUGCCUUGACUCGAAUUUAGUCUUGUGUAGACUGACAAUAAAUCUAAAUUCUGCCUAAAAGUACAUUAGGGAAAUACUGGUAAAAAUCGAACCCUAAGUAUAGCUGGAGGAUGGUGUAUGCUGUAGUUGGUAAAUAAGUGGUCUGUGAAAGGUACACCAUUAUCAAUAGAGACUUGUUUGUUUGUCUUUUUUUAAUUCCAACUAGUCCACACUGGGUGGAGGAUGAUCACUGAUGUGGGAUCUAAAAUUGUAGUUCGCUUUGGUUUACUAAGCUGCUUGCUCUGCUACUUUGAAUACGUAGGGCACCAUGACUGUCUUUAUUUGGAAAGUUGAGAGUGUUCAAGAUACCAGCCUCCUGCCAGCUUAAGGUACAUUGUGUAGAGCUGAACUUUCAGGUUACUAUGCGAGAGGUCUUUUUCAUGCCGUCACUUGCGAUGUUUUGUGAGAAUCUUUGGAAUUAAAGUUCUGGUUACAAAGGGUUGUUUCACUUGAAAAACCUCUGUUUCCUUGCAGAUCUCAGUACAGCGAUAGCACGGCAGAGAGGGCAUUUGCCUUGCACGCGACUGACCCGGGUUCGAUCCCCAGCAUCCCAUAUG